AUGAGUGAUGUGAAACGCUCAUUACUUGACAUGAGCCCCGGUGCUAUGACCGACGACGUCGACGAGGAGCCGGAAGAGAUUCCCGAGAGCAAUGAGACGUUCUCCGAGUUCUGUCAAAGACAAGCUCAAAAUGUAGUUCAUUUCCUUGUCGAAGAUUGGUUCCUCUCCGCCUUAUUAGGCAUCAUCACCGCCGUUCUAUCAGUUGGAAUGGAUGUGGCAAUUGAAAUUUUACAGCACGCCCAUGUGACAUUAUAUGAUAAAUUCCUGAAGAUUUCCAUAUAUUUCGCGUUUACUCAAUGGGUCGCCCAUAUUGCGGUGCUCACCGCGUGCUCGGCAGUAUUCUGUCAAAUUGUCUCCAAACAAGCCGUUGGGUCCGGAAUACCGGAAGUCAAAGUGAUAAUGCAUGGCUUCAAAAUGGAAAAUUAUUUGACGCUGCACACAUUGAUUGCCAAAAUGGUCGGAUUGACGUUCGCGAUGGGCGGCGGACUUCCGAUUGGAAAAGAAGGACCAUUUGUGCACAUGGGGGCCAUUGUCGCAAAUCUACUGUCGAAAAUCACGUCAGCCUGUCAAUACUCGGCGUUUUUCUCAAAUGAAGGAAGGGAGAUGGAAAUGCUAUCCAGCGGUUGCGCUGUCGGAAUUGCUUGCACAUUUUCAGCUCCAAUUGGAGCGGUUCUUUAUGCUAUCGAAUCCACUUCCAAAUAUUUCGCCGUCAAAAAUUAUUGGCGAGGAUUUUUGGCGGCAACGUGCUCGGCGAUCAUCUUCCGUUUCGCCAACUUUUUCGUCACCGCUGAGCAAUCAGGCACAAUCACGGCGUUCUAUCAGACGCGUUUUCCCACCGAUUGCUUUCUCAUCGAAGAACUUCCGGUGUUCCUUUUGCUUGGUUUUAUUAGUGGAAUAAUGGGCGCAUUAUUCAUAUUUGUGCAUCGAAAGAUCUCGAUAUUCCGCGCGAAGAAUCGAGUGUACAAGGCGAUAUUUCGGAAUAACUUUUUGGCGUUCACUGUUUUCAUGGCAGUUGUCGUCGGUGUGUUGACAUUUCCGGAUGGACUUGGCAGAUAUUUUGCGGGAAGGCUGUCAUUUCGAGAAACCAUGGGAGAUUUGUUCAACAACUGCACGUGGAGUGUGAAUGAUUCAAGAAGAUGUCCUGAUUCGAUUCUGAAACAUUGGACCGGCGGAGGAAGUGGAGAUGUUUCUGUAUUCACAAGUCUAACUCUCUACUAUCUUGUAUAUUUUUUCCUUGUCGCCAUUUGCAUUUCAAUCAACGUUCCGGCUGGAGUUUUCGUUCCUUCUUUCAUUAUUGGAGCCGCUGGCGGCAGACUGAUGGGUGAAGCCAUGCUCUACUUUUUCCCUGACGGAAUGCGAGGAUCUGGGGGACCUCCGAUUCAUCCUGGAUUGUACGCUGUCGUCGGUGCUGCUGCAUACACGGGCGCUGUCACGCACACUAUAUCGGUGUCGGUCAUCAUUUGCGAAUUGACGGGACAACUUUCUCCAAUCCUUCCUGUUCUGAUUGCCAUGCUAAUGGGCAACGCCAUUUGCAAAUUCUUACAACCAUCAAUCUACGAAUCGAUAAUCCGUGUCAAGAAGUAUCCAUACCUUCCGGAUCUGCCUCCAUCUCGUGUCAGUGUUCACACUGUCAAAGUGGAGCAGCUCAUGGUUACUGAUGUCAUUUAUAUAACUAAGAACAUGACAUACCGCGAGAUGAAGGAUAUUCUCCAGCUCGCCCCUCAUCUUCGCAGCUUCCCGAUUGUCACCGAUCACGAGAACAAGAUCCUUUUGGGAUCUGUCGCCAAGCGAUACCUUACCAUGCUCCUUCGUCGCCAUGUGCUCAUUACGCAACAGGAUAGUCGCAACAGCUCGCGAAUCACUCCUGCCGAGAUUUUCAACACUAUUCGACGAACAAGCAUGAGAUUGUCUCGAAGAUCGGCACACCGGCGAUCAACGAGCUCAACUCGUGAGGCGUCGGCAACUAUGGAAUCGGCAAGAAGUGACAACACCGAUCAAGUGGAGCUCAUGUCGGAGAGAUCUAUUGGCGGAAACACGCUCCUCUCAAUUUCUCCUCUUCAUGCUCCCAAUAAUGUACCGCUUCAAGCAAUUUUCACUCGACCAGUUUCAGCGGAUUUUCACAAAGAAACAAACACUGACGUCCUAUUGGACCGAAAUAUCGACCUUGAUGAAGUCGCUAUUGAUUCGGCACCAUUCCAGCUCGUUCUUGGAUCAUCACUAUACAAGGUUCAUACUUUAUUCUCACUUCUCGGUCUUUCGCAUGCCUACGUCACAGAUUGCGGAAAACUUGUGGGUGUCGUUGGUCUCAAAGAGCUUCGCGAUGCUCUGGCAAACAUUUAUGUCCGUGGUGUAGUUGCUCCAGCGAAACCCGACCGAAAACUAACUUCCGGUGCUUUUAUCGAUUUCCAAUCGAAGGAACCAUCUACAAAUGGAAAUCUAAUAACAACCGAGUCACCCAAAUUCGGAAACUCGUUAACUGUCCCAAUGGCGCUUUGA